CUGUGGUGCACUGUGUCCCUCAGACACAGCAGAUCACCGAUCAACGGAAAGAGCCGAAGAUGUCGGCUCAGUCAUGUGAUCAGCUGUGUCCAAUCACAGCUGAUUGCAUCAGUGCCACCUGUCAGUGUCCAUCAGUGCAAGCUUUCAGUGAUCAUCCAUGCCACCUGCCAGUGCCCAUCAGUGCCACAUAGUGCCUACCAGGGCAUAUCAAUGCCACAUAUCAGUGCCCAUCUGAGCUGCCUUUCAGUGUCACUCAUCAGUGCCAGUCAGUGCCACCUAUCAAUGCCAGUCAGUGCCACCUAUAAGUGCUGCCAAUCAGUGCCGCCUAUCGGUGCCGCCUAUCAG